AUGUCAAACGCCAAUGAAGCAGCUUGGCCCUUGGCCGAUGCGGCCUUGACCCAGGAGAUUCUGGAUCUCCUCCAGUCGGCCAUGCACAUCCGUCAGGCUAAGAAGGGUGCCAACGAAGUCACCAAGGCUAUCAACCGUGGAACCUGCGAGCUUGCCGUCCUUGCCGCCGACACCGAGCCCCUGGCCAUCAUCCUGCACAUCCCCCUCAUCUGCGAAGACAAGGGCGUCCCGUACGUCUACGUCCCCAGCAAGACUCUGCUGGGCCGUGCGUGCGGUGUGAGCCGUGCCGUGAUUGCCGCCAGCAUCAGCUCCAACGAGCUGUCUGAGCUGUCUGGCCAGAUCAAGGCUCUGCAGCAAAAGGUCGAGAGACUGGCCAUUUAA